AUGGAAGAUAAAUAUGGAUGUCGAGGUCUUGAAAUUGCGAAUACCAUUUGGCGCUGCUUGGAGGAUUGGGGUAUCGAUGGUAAGAUCCACACCAUAUCUGUAGAUAAUGCGUCUGCCAAUAAUUCAGCUAUUGAAAAUCUGAAGAUUUAUGUAAAAAACAAAAGAAGACUACUUUGUGAGGGAAAACUAUUCCACGUAAGAUGUUGCGCCCAUAUACUUAAUCUCAUUGCUCAAGAUGGACUUUCUGAGAUUAAAGAUAUUGUUGAUGUUAUACGUGAUAGUGUAGAGUAUGUCCGACGAUCCGAUGCAAGACUUAAAAUAUAUUUUGAGAUAGUGAAGCAAUUGAAUUUACCAGACAAGAAGUUAGUUGAUGAUUGUCGGACAAGGUGGAACUCAACAUAUGAAAUGUUGGCUGCUGCAAUCAAAUUCAAAGAUGUCUUCCCAAGGUUUGCUGAUCGGGAACCACAUUAUUAUAUUUGUCCAAGUGCAGAGGAUUGGACAAAAGCAGAGAAAGUAUGCUCGAUAUUAGAGCUAUUUUGGACAGUUACGCACAUUGUUUCCGGAAGUGAUUAUCCUACUUCAAAUUUGUUCCUUAAUGAGGUGAGCAGAGUAAAAGUUUUGUUAGAUAAGAAGUCAUUAGAGAAUGAUAUAUUCAUUCAGAACAUGGUUGCAAGAAUGAAAAACAAGUUUGACAAAUAUUGGGGAGAUACUAAUUUGCUGAUGUCUAUAGCAGCUGCUUUGGAUCCAAGGUGUAAGUUGAGAGCGCUUGAAUUAUGCUUUCCAAGACUAUAUUCUUCAGAGAAUGUUGAGAAGCAAAUUACUAUUGUUCGGAAGACAUUAUAUGAGCUCUAUUCUGAGUAUGUGACUAUUUCUAACAUUGAAGACGAGUCAAUUGGAGAAGGGCAAAGAAACAAACUAUCGAAUCGAGAUCUUGCAAAUGUUGAAACUCAAAGUGGCUGGUCUGAGUAUGCUGAAUAUCUAAAAUCAGUGGAAUCUAUUCAGCCUCAAAAGUCUGAACUUGAUUUAUAUCUUGAGGAAAACUAUUAUAUAUUUGAGAAGGACAAAAAGGAUGGGAAAGACUUUGAUGUUCUGGAAUGGUGGAGAGUUCAUGCAUUGAAGUAUAAGAUUUUAUCGAUAUUGGCAAGAGAUAUUUUAGCUAUCUCGAUCACCACUGUUGCUUCUGAGGCUACAUUUAGUGCGGGAAGUAGAGUAAUAGACAAAUAUCGUGCAUCAUUGACUUCAGAUACGGUUCAAGUAUUGAUGUGUGGAGGAGAUUGGCUGAGAAAACGCUUUGGAGUGAAGAAAAAAUCUUUGGUUUGA